GGCUGGCGCCGCAUUUCAGUUCGUUUGUGUCGCUCGGUGGGUACGGUACGCCUUCGCGCUAGUUUUCUCUUCACUUGUAUACCCAUACUGGUUCGUGGUUUUUUUUCUGUUCGUUAUUUGCUGCGCGCAUGCGUUAAAGCCUUGCGCUGGCUUCUUUUUCUUUUUUUUUUUUCUUGCCUGGUCUUCUGCUUGGCAUUUGGAUGUUGUGUCUUGAAAGCGGCGGCUAAGUUUAUGCAAAUCAUAAAAUAAAAAUAAAAAAUAAGCAACCAAAAUUAAAAAGUAACUUAAACGUAGAAGAGUCUAAAAUAAAAGUGUGCGAAAACAAAAUGUAGCAAAAAAAAAAAAACAAAAAAAGCAACAGUUCAAUACGACGGACGGGUUUCGUUCUUAUCGUCGUCGUCGGUCUGUUCUACCAUUCCAUUUAGUUUUACUUUUUUUCACCUCCGCCUUCCCGUAGACCGUGCGUGUGUAUAUAUAUGAGUGUGUGUGUGUGUGCGCGUUGACCAUUAAAAGUAGCGUCACUCUGUAAUGAACCUUUGAAACAGACAGCGCAAGAGAGACCCCAAGAAUCAGGCUUUGCGUCUUCAGAACUUCGUCUUCGACUUGCGUUUCGCGUUAUUUUUAGACGAUAAAAAAAGCACAGCACAGAAAAGAAACUUGCCGCCGGCCAACCAACAACAACAGCAACAAGAGCAACAGAAACAACAGCCACGAAAUGGGCACCAAAUCACCCGGUGGUCCACAACGUUGUCGACUGAUCUUGCAACGCUGCUUGGCCAUACAGCUGAGCAAGCCGGGCCACACGCCCGAGGACUUUUGGAUGUACGAUUCGGGAUAUAUGAUAUUUCAGAACUUUCUGGCCGCUAAUGCACAAUGCUGGUGGAAUGGUCCACUGACUGCUGCCACACGUGCCCUCAAAUAUGCCGGUCAUGUGGCACCUGGAAUGCUGUUGGUCACCGCCGAGCCAUGCGCACUUGAAGUGUUGCGUGGAGCGUUUGCACGCAGUGUCCUAAAGCCGCCGGCCACUUAUGUCAUCAAUUCGGUUGGUGACAUUGACGAUUGCAUUGUGACGCCAACAGUUCAGGGACAGUUCACGCCAUUGCCCGAGGCUCUGUGUGAUGUCAUUAUGGACCUCACAUCGGAGGGUCAAUCAGCAACUAUUGAACAUGUGCGCGGCAAGUUGGGAGUACGUUUCCCCCACAUGACGACACCUGCCACAGAGGUUAUUUACGAUACGCUCGCCCAGCUAAUGCAAGAGCAAAAAAUUUAUCAAACCUCAAAGGGUUACUUUAUCUUUACACCAGAACGUCGACGCAGUCGCUCACGACCACGAAGCAAUCAUCACCAAUUGAAUGGGACUCACAGCACCAAUAGUAGUUUAGCCUAUGGCCAGCUGGAUGAGGAGGAACAGCAACACGAUGGCGAUGUAGUACCUCAGGAGGCACGCACCAUGUUAAUGUCCAAUGCCGAGGCACUGCAUUCGCUCUAUGGCGAGAUAUCGACGGAGCGGGAUGGAGAUCUAACACAUCAGUGCAUCCAAACAAAUCUAGCGGAUGUGAUUUGUGGAGGCAAUCCCAAUGACAAAAUUAUUUAUCCACGCGCGGCCAAGCGACGUAGCGCCUCAUUUCCGACGCCGCGCAGUUUGGAACGUCGGCACAGUUUGCGGCUCUUUGGAUCAUCGAAGCGCCUGCAACGCUGCGCCUCUACGCGCAGUCUGUCCAAGACCUAUGCCCAGACACUGAAUACCACGGAUAGCAGCAGUUCGGAAUACCAAAGCACAGAUUCGUCAUCCCCCAAAAAAGGAUCUUUGCUUUCACGCCUGUUCCGACGCAGUGGACGCGCCAAGCAGCGUCAAAUUGAGACUUAUUCGGCACAGUUUCCACCAGCCGAAUGGUUCAAUACGCGUGCCGUUCAUUUACACAGUGUGGGCACCCAGACGGCAGAACAUGACAUGCCCGUGGCACACACCUUAUCGAACUCAACGUUCUACGAUGGCUCCGAGCUGAGCCAACGAUCAUCGACACUGCCGCGUCGUCAUCGCCGUCACAUGUCCAGCGAAUCGACAUUUUUGAUAUCCUCACGUGACUGUUCGCCCAUCCGGCGGCGAUCGCCGGUGUACUGCAGCAGCUCGCUACCUCGCUCCACGCAGUCCAUACCAGCCACCACAGCCAAGAUGAAUCACUCGUCAGCCACCCUGUCGCGUCUGCAUCAUUCAGGGACGCCCACUCCGCCGAAGACGGCACAAAAAUCGGUGAUUGGCAAACACAUCUUUGAGAGUUCACCCUCACGCUCCACAUUGAAAACAUCGGCGGCAAAGCGUCAAACCGAUGGCCUGAUUAUUAAUAGUUGCACGGACAACAAGACCACGUACCGGAGCCUACAGAGUAGCGGUCCAUCCAGCUUGGAGUCGUGCAAGACAUCGAUGUUUGCCAGCGGGCCAUCAAGCAUCGAUAGUGGCAAGUUAUCCUUUAGCCAAAAGACCAGCGGUCACUCUAGUCUUGACUCACAGUGCUCCACUAACACAGCUGUGAUUGCCCCAUCAUCGGGCAUUAGUGGCAGUGGCAGUGGCAGUGGCAGUGGAAGUGGCAGUGCCCGCUCCAUUUUACUGCUAAACGGCUCUCCAAGAGGCACACCACGUCAUCAGGCGAUGCGAGCACGCGUCGCAGAGGCACAGGCUCAGAGGCAACGGGAACGAGAGCGUGCCAGUACACCAAAUCGAAUUCUAAAGGAGCUUAGCUAUUCGCAUGUUCCCAAUGGUGUUGGCGGUGGUAGUGGAAAUGGUGGUAUGCCGAAUUCGAAUAGCAACAAUUCAAUUACCCUGCAAGUGACCACUACAAAUGGAGGUCAGAGUAUACCCAGCACCAAAAUCUUUGUGCAGAAUUCACCUGUGAGAAGUGUGAUCACAUUAGAGAAUGGCAAAAUGCUUGAAAACUCCAAUGUCUUUAUAAUAAACAAUGAGACAAUGACUAACGAGAAGGGUGAGAUAAUUAAAAAGACGUUGUCCAAGCAGACAACCCUGGCUGCCUCUAAUUCUGCUCCUGCUCCUUCUGUUGCUACUGCUGCCGCGCCUCCUGCUGCUUCUGCUCCUUCUCCUGUAGCAGCAUCAACGCCCGUCAAGCACGAGACAGUUCCGGAGCAUCCGCUAAGUGAAACGGAGGCCAAUUCAGAGACUUGCGAUUCCAUAUCGUUCAUUAGCGAAAGCUCCCCAGACAACACAUGCAACGGAGCGGACACAGAGACACCCAGCUAUGAUGGUGGAAAAUAUGCCAAGAAUACCAACAAUGAUGCCACAAUGAACAACAACAGAAAGCUCUGCCUCCAACUGGCCAAUGGCAUUGCGUAUAAGAAUAAUGUGCUGAAGAAUGAAUCUCAGCCCAAUUCGCCCAGCAUUGAGCAGCAACCACUGAAGCUGGCAGCUUUAGCCAAACAGGAUUUCGAGAUAGCCGGUUCGGUGGGCAACUUGCAUUUCUAUGAGAAGCAUUCUAAGGAUCUGGCUCCGGCGCAAAGCAAUAAUAAGCUUAUGAACAGCAGCAGCGAUUUGAAAAAUCUCUGCUACGAGUCUGUAUGUCAACUGCAAAAAUGCUCCAUGAAUGGCCACGAUGAACUGGCCUUAGCCCAUUUGCUGCACAAGCAGUCCAGCAAUCCAUUGGGCAGCGAACCCAAUCUGGCUCUGAAGGAUCAUGCCAAUGACAAGUCCAUCGACAAGGAAGCCAUCGAUCGCCGGCUUAGUCUGACCAAAGAGUCACUGGAGCAAGGUAUGGGCAGUGUCCUAGCUGCUGGCAACGAGGAGCUCUACAAUUUCCCCAGUCUAACGGACUUAUCAUUUAACUUUACAUCGCUGGCGGCAAGAAAGAUUUUGCAAGGUGUUAGCCUCAAUAGCAUCGAUACCCUUGUCGAGUUGAAUAUGGCAGCGGCGGCGGCAGCAGCGGCAGCCGUUAAUACCCAGGAGAAGCAGCAAAAUAAUCAAGCAGCAGCAGCAGCAGCUGCAGCAGCGGCGGCGGCGGCAGCAACAUCACCAAUGUGCACCGAUUUUGGAAUGGUCUAAUAUUCCUCCCCUUCCACUUUCCCAUCCCCUUCUCCAAUGCAGAAUCUUCUGCUUCCCUUGAAUCAAGCGAAUAUUAAGCGUCUUAGAUAGGAGAGAAUAAUGCCUGUUCUCUGCAUUUGGCAAGCAAAUAACUUUUUGCAAACACUGUGUAAUUUAUUAUCGUAUCGAUUUGAUUUCCCCAUUUUUUAUAGCCGCAAUUUGUAUGUAUUUGUUUUAAAGUUUUAUCGGGAGAAACUUUUAUUUACAGUGCCAAAAUAUGUUUAGUUUAAUCUUAAUGCAUCUAAUUUCGUAUGCCAGUUCAUCAUUUACUGAUUUACGUUACUUCCCCGUACCCCUCCAACCAUUCCUUACCACCAAA